CCGACCACGAUGACGUUGCCUAUUUGCCCCUCAUUUGCGACGCGAAUGGGCAGCAGGAAGCCGACAACCGCACCAGCCACUUCUCUCUCCCUCUCCCUGCUGUCACCAGCUUCAAAGCAGAUUUUAUUACGAUUCGCAAUACAAUACCUCAUCUUUUACUUCUGCAUAAAGUAUCGCGCGAACGUAACCCCCCUCUCUGAAACCUAUCCUUUUGUAUUCGACCCUCCCCCCAACCGUUCAACUCGUCCCAACCGCGCGGGGUAGCUAGCAGCAGCUAUGGCGACCCAGUCGACUGUCCACGUCAAGAACAUCGCGUCUUCAACGAGCGACAAGGAAGUCAAGGACUUUUUCAGCUUUUGCGGCAAGAUCGCAGACUUCCAGGUCACGGCUGCCGGCGAGACCAAGGAUGCCGAGGUCACCUUUGAGAAGGAGACGGCCAUGAAGACGGCCCUGCUCCUCAACAACACCCAGCUUGGGCCCAACCAAAUCUCCGUCGCCAGCGCGAGCGGCAGCACCAUCGACGAGGGCUCGCACUACACCAAGAACGCCGACCGCGACUCGGACGAGCUCACGCAGGAGGAGAAGCCGCGCGCGCGCAUCCUGGCCGAGUACCUCGCCCACGGCUACGUGGUCGGCGACGUCGCCAUCGAGCGGGCCAUCGACCUCGACGCCAAGCACGGCGUCUCCAACCGCUUCGUGAGCACGCUCCAGGGCCUGGACCAAAAGUACCACGCCACGGACCGGGCCAAGGCGACGGACCAGAGCUACGGCAUCUCCCACCGGGCCAACAACCUCCUCACCGGCAUCAGCUCCUACUUUGAAAAGGCCAGCAACACGCCCACGGGCCAGAAGCUCGUCAAGUUCUACACGGAUGGCUCGCGCCAGGUGCAGGACAUCCACAACGAGGCGAGGCGGCUGGCGGACCUGAAGAAGGAGGAGCACGGCGGCAGUGCCUACAAGGCCGCUGGCCUGGAGAGGGUGUUUGGCAAGGAGAAGGAGAAGCCGGCAGAGGGCGCUGCUGCUGCGGCGGCGACGACAGCGUCUAGCACGGGUGGAGCAGCGGGCGUCGCGACGACGACUCCGGCUCAGACUGCCCCCACGGAGGGCGUCCCCGCAGUCAACAUUGACGAGGCAAAGAAGGCCUAAAUGCUUCGUUCGUGUACCAGAUGUCAUGACCCUACAGUCGAUUACAAGUUGCCGGCAGUUCAAUUCAAUAGGAGCACAUCGUAAUGCGGAGUGUAUUAAUUCUAUGCGUUUAUUCACUACUAGUUCAUUCCUAACCCGGGAGAUCGACGAUGCAUGGAGUGAUCAAGACAAUUUCAUGUGGCGG